AUGUCGGACAAGGAAGCAUUAAAGGUCUUUUCAAGACAAUUAGUAUCGAUGGAAAUGAUUGCCUUUUUGGUUGCAACCACCGAGAGCAUAAUCCAAAUUAAACCAACUUCAGGCAAAGCCCAGCUUAUCAACAACACAGCCAUACUGAUAAAGCCCGUCAAUAAACAGAUAGUCUCGCUCACGACGUUUAUCAAGAAUCUCAUCAAACAUUCCAACGUGCAAACUCCAACGCUCAUGGCUACUUUGGUGUACUUGAACAAGUUGCGCAACUUUUUGCCUGCCAAUGCCGUGGGCAUGGAAACAACAAGGCAUCGUAUCUUUCUUUCAGCAUUGAUUUUGGCUGCUAAAAAUUUAAACGACUGCUCGCCUUUAAACAAACAUUGGACCCAAUAUACAAAUGGACUCUUGACUAUCGACGAGGUCAACUUGGCCGAACGUGAGUUGAUUGGAAUCUUGAAAUGGGAUGUCAGGAUUAGACAGGAUGAUCUUUACAUCAUUUUGCAGCCUUUUCUCAAGGAUAUUAAAUUGAAACUACAACAGAGACAACAAGUUGAUUCUUUGGAGAAAUUGAAUUUUUACCGAUUACACCCACAAGUCAAACUGGCGAGCAGUGGCAUGAGCGGAAGAAUCUUUUCACCAUCGUCUUAUCAAGUGUCUGGCUCAUCCGCAUCAGCAUUCAAAUCAAGCGCCAAUUCAUCGAGUUCAAAUUCUUCAAAUUCAUUGCAUUCAAACCUAUCACUCAAAAACUCCAAUUCUUCAUCUACCAUAUCGCUGGAUUACAAUGAUAACUACAACGACGACGACCACUACCACCACCAGCACCACCAGCACCACUACCACUACCACAACCAGAAAUCUCAUAUACCUAGACGUAUGCCAUUGAGUAACAAGUCACUUAAUAACUUAAAUCAUGAGCAAUACUAUAACAAUUACGUCACUGCCUCCAACACGAGCACCAAAGCACCACCACCACCAUCAUCAUACUCAUGUCAUCCCGAAAUCCACCACCAGUCAAGCCACAGCUACACUAGUAGUACCAAUCAAAUUCCCCAAGCCAAGAUUCCCCACAAACGAAGUAUGCGACUGAUGAUGAAUGGAUUGAUCUCGUCCUAG